UUUGGAUGAAAAGGAAACUGCUCAGCGAUAACAGAGAGGAAGGAAACAAAAGACCUACUUCAGCUCUUGCAUGUGCCAAUUUUUUAUCAGCGGGAGGACAUUAAUUUCACUGGUGCUGCUCCUGAUUUACAUAGAUUUGUGCCUAUCGAGAGGAAAGCCAGGAACCGCCUCACUGUUGGCAUUAGUCCCUAGAACUUGCAUGGCUGCUAGAGCAACUCUCCUUACUUUCCAUUAAAACCUAUGCCGCCUGGUCAGGGGAGAGGGAAAAUAACCUGCAGAGCAUUCUAGCAAGAAACUGACACUACAGUCUGGAAGAGACAACAUGCUGGAUCAGAUUCACUUGCUGGCUGCUGUGAGCGUCCUGGGAGUCCUGGAGCAAGCUUACUUCUCCCUCCAAGUGAUCUAUGCCAGGCGAACGUAUGGGAUCUCUCCUCCAAAAAUCUCAGGGCCACCUGAGUUUGAGAGGGUCUUUCGAGCACAGGCAAACUGCUCUGAGUAUUUCCCCAUUUUCCUGGCUGUUCUGUGGCAGGCUGGCCUCUUCUUCCAUCAAGGUCUGACUGCUGCCCUGGGCCUGCUUUAUCUCUACUCCCGCUACCGCUAUUUUGUGGGAUAUAAGGCAUCCUCCUCAGGAAGGUUAGCCCCAAUGUAUUUCAGCGCUGGAGUUCUCUGGAUUCUUAUUGGACUAGCAGCAGUUGGGAUCUUGCAUUUCUUGCUCUUUCACUAUGUGGGGCUAAAUGUACUUUUAUUCAUUAGUUUGUGAAAGGAGAGUUUCCUUGGACUGCACGCUCCCGUCUUGGCCCCUCUGAACAUGUGGAUCCAAUGGAGGGAAGAUCCAAGUCCCCUACCACCCCAAUGUCUCAAUGUGUGCUAAAGGAAUGGGUGCACAUAGCACUGCCCUGUACUGGUAGAAUGUGAGUCAUGCUCAGUGUCUACAUUCUAAGCAAGGGAUUCUCAAACUUCGUUGCUCUGCAACUCCCUUCAGACAACAAAAAUGACUAUAUUAUUACAAACAUUACACAGGGGAUGAGAGACAUUGUUCCAUAUUCUUUUUGAAAAUAUGCUUAUGGCAUGAGUGACAUAACUAAGAAGUACUUUCUGCAAGGUAAUUCAUUUAAGCGGUCACUGGCGAGGUUAUGAUUUACUGAAUGUAAUUAUCUAAUUUGUAUCCUUGUAUCAUUCCUGUAGCUGAAGUUAGGAAUAUUGACCAGGUAUCUGUAUUUCAUAUAUGCUACUUUUGGGUGACAUGCCCUGCUAACACUUCAGGUAACAAUGAAAAUGCCAGACAGAGUUGAUGGCCCAUUAGCCAGGACAAUGGACUGUGAAAAGGCUUGGUUCCAUACUGCUGCUGACUCACUGGAUGCAGUGA